AGUGCAAAACGAAUAAUGAUGUUUAAGUUGUUUUUAAUUUUCGCCUCCGUAACUUCAGCGUUAUCGGAGGUAACCGUAAAUCUGCCUGACGGAAGGGUUCGAGGCUUGGAAAAAUUAUCCGCCAGAAACCUCACAUUCUAUGCCUUUCUGCAAAUACCAUACGCGGAACCACCAUUGGGUAAACUAAGAUUCAAGGACCCACGACAAGUACAACCAUGGAGUGGCAUUUUAAAUGCGACGCAGGAGAAUAAAAUUUGUUAUCAGGUGGCGUCGAAUUCGACGAUGGAGAAUGAAGAUUGCCUUUAUCUCAAUGUGUAUACGCCAGUGAAAUUACAUACCAAACACACCAGGUCACUUUUGCCAGUAAUGUUCUAUAUACACGGUGGUGGAUUUAUGAAUGGAAAUUCGCUAUAUAGUACUAUUGGACCACAUCAUUUUAUGGAUAACGGUGUGAUUGUUGUCACCAUAUCUUACAGAUUAGGACCUUUUGGGUUUCUGUCAACUGGAGACUAUGUAAUACCAGGAAACUACGGUCUUAAGGACCAGAACAUGGCCCUGAAGUGGGUUCAAAGGAAUAUCGAACAUUUUGGAGGCGAUCCAAACAAAGUAACCAUAUUUGGCCAGAGCUCCGGUGCAGUGUCUGUGGGAUACCACAUUAUUAGCAAACAAUCUGAAGGACUAUUUAGAGGAGCUAUCCAGCAAAGUGGAUCAGUUUUGACACCACACGGCUACCAGAGACGUGCUAUUGACUUCGCUUACAGCCUCGCCAAAUUUAUAGAUCCCAGUUUUGAUGACAGCGCCGAUUCGUGGGAAUUGCUAAUGUUGCUCCAAAACGCAACGGCCGAACAAAUAGACGCUGCCACAUCAAUAUUUACGCAAGCACCUGGAUCUAUGAUCCUAAGCGAAGGGUCCUGGUUCGCGCCAGUCAUCGAAUGCGACCACGAGGACGCCUUCAUCACGGAAAGGAUGUACGGAUCUUUGGAAAAGGGAAACAUCAACAAGGUGCCACUCAUGGUGGGCAUGACGUCUGAGGAAGCGGUCUCACAAGCUUCAGACUUGGAAACAUAUAAGUUAACAGUGGAACAAUACGACAACAAUGUUACGUUCCUAGUGCAAGCGGACAUGCAUAUUGACGAUUUGACCAGAAAGACUCAAGCUGGUGAAGCUAUAAGGAAGAUCUACACUGAUGGAUUGUUGAAGGACAAUCUUGGGGCAGCAGUUAAGUAUUUUUCAGAUGCGUACGUAAGCCGACCAAUCAUCAAACAUGCUGAACUGCAAUCGGCGUACACUGACGUGUAUUUCUACCAGUUUUCUUAUCACGGAGCACUUGGGGGUAAUAAUGUUUCUGUAGAAGGUGCUGGAAGGGUAUCACAUUCAGAAGACACGAAGUACCUUUGGGUUUUCAGCAAUUCCCAGAACAUUCAAGAUAUAGACGCCAAAGAUUUGCAAACGCUCAACAGAUACGUGAAGAUGUUCACCAACUUUGCCAAGACUUUAAAUCCUACACCAGCAACAAAAACGCUCUCACGGGGGGCUGUAAGAUGGCCUAAAGUGAACACGCAAAAUUUCACUUAUUUGGAUAUCGACGAUGAACUAACCCUUAAAACUAAUCCUAGGGAGCCAGCGUAUAGCGGAUGGGUGGAUGUUUACGACGCGUGGGCCAUACCACCCUUUGAUACUUAUUAUACGUACUCCUACCAAGUAUAUUACCAAAAUAUAUACAAAGAAACCGUUCUUCAAAAAUAUUCAAUUCGCUCUACUUUCCAAAACGAUACCAGUAGUAGUAGCAUGGUGGUUUGCGUACUAUUUACGAUGUUGUCGAAAAGUAUCUUGUUGGCAGCUUUUCUGGUUGCCUCAGCAUUGGCUGCAGAUGUCUAUGUAACCAUUCCAAAUGGUCAGCUUAAAGGAAGGCAAGAGUCCACGUACAAAGGACAAGUGUUCUACGCCUUUCAGCAGAUUCCUUACGCCAAGCCACCAGUUGGAAACCUAAGGUUUAUGGCCCCACAACCCGUGGAAAAUUGGCAAGGAACGUUGGACGCCACUGUUAACGAUAAAGUUUGUUAUCAAACGGGUAGUACUACCAGUUUUACUCAAUCUGAAGAUUGCCUCUACGUGAAUGUCUACACCCCUGCUGAAAUAGGAUCCAACGCCAACCUACCAGUAAUGUUCUAUAUCUUCGGUGGAGGAUUCCUCAAUGGACACGCCAUCUACCACGAUUACGGUCCUCAUUUGUUUAUAGAUGAGGGAGUCAUAGUGGUUACUGUCAAUUACCGAACUGGACCUUUUGGUUUCUUGACUACUGGCGAUACUGUCAUACCCGGAAAUAUGGGACUGAAAGACCAGAACUUGGCCUUGCAGUGGGUCCGUGACAACAUUAAGUACUUCGGAGGCGAUCCAAGCAAAGUAACGCUCUUCGGACUCAGCGCUGGUGGUGCUUCCGUCACCCUCCAGAUGUUAAGCCAGCAAUCUCAAGGACUAUUCAGGGCCGCAAUAUCGGAAAGUGGAUCCGCCUUGUGUCCAUGGGCUUACCAAAGAGGUUACAAGGAUAUCGCGUACAACAUGGCCACUUACCUUGAUUCUUCAUUCUCCAAGAGUGCAACAUCCCAAGAGCUUCUGACGUUCCUGCAGUCCAAGACUGCUGCGGACAUCCUUGCUUCUACUAACACCUUCCCUGGUGGCCUAGGAAGGGACCAAAUGGUACAAGGUUUCAUGUACACUCCAGUGGUGGAACCCAGCCACGACGGUGCCUUCCUCACCCAGAGGAUGUACGACGCUGUGGCUGCUGGUGGGGCUAGUCCAGUACCUCUGUUGAUAGGAAUCAUGUCAGAAGAGCAGAUUACAAAAGCAGCAGAUUUGAACAGUUUCAAGACUCUGCUUGCACAAUACGAUCAAGAUCUUGGGGCACUUGUAAAUGACAAUAUGCAUAUCGUGAACAGUUCGACCAAAGCGCUUGUAGGGGACGCUAUACGGAAGAUCUAUACUACUGGACAACUUCAGAACGAUAUUGCGGCUGGCGUAAAAUACUUCAGUGAUAUGUCUUUCUCCCGUGCUGUGAUGCACCAUGCCAAGCUGCAUUCUAAGUUUAACGACGUCUACUUCUAUCAGUUUUCGUACCAUGGCGACAUAGUGACGUGGAACAACGUCCAGGUUGAAGGUUGCGGUAGAGUCAACCACGGGGAAGACAACACCUACCUAUGGGCAUACGGCAACAACGGUAACAUAGAACAAUGGGGUACAGCCCGUGACGCUUUGACCACCAGACGAUACGUCAAGUUAUUCGCUAAUUUUGCUAAGAAUUUGAAUCCUACACCCGAGGCAAAUGAAGUCUUGCAAAACAUCAUCUGGCCCAAACUGACAGAUAGUAGUUUCCAAUAUUUGGACAUCGACGACAAUUUGGCAAUAAAAACCGAUCCCAAAGGAGAUGUUUACGCUAAAUGGGUGGAUCUUUACGAAAACAUGGCGGUGAAACCAUACGAUACCUUCUAAUCUGUUAUAAAAUGUAUAGAUUUUAAUAAAAACUGUUAAUGUACUUUA